AUGGCCUGUCCUUUUGCCUGUCCCCGUGGGAAGCUGCGCUCCCUGCCCCCGGGGCUGGCCACUGGCUUCCCCUCACCCAGGUUGGAGACAGGAGGAAGCAGCGAGCUCAUGAACUUCUACACCACCAGCUACACAGUGGCCCAUGGCCAGCCACGCUUCCGUCCCCGCCUCGGCCACCACGCUGGUGCGGGGUUUGUGCCCAACAACUACUCAGCCCUCUCCUACCUGCUCUGCCCACCCAGCACAUCAGAGGGCCACUGCCAGGACAUUGCCACCUCCACCACCACCAAGCAUUUCAAGCCCCUCUGGCUCCCCGAUGGCCGAAGCUUCCUGCCCAGACAUGUGCACCAGCCAGGGAGUGGCUACCUCCAGGAGUGUCCCCCUGCCUGCCUCUGUACAGAGGGGCUGAGUCCUCAGCACGCUGGGGUCCUCCAGGGCCCCCCCAAAACAUCCAGGGAACGUGGCACUGAGAAACACCACACUGGUCCUGCCCGCCCAGACAUCCUUCAGAAGGUGACCAUCGGUGCCAAGGAGCAGUCAGGCUUCACCAGGGCCAUCCCAAGGACCAAGGACAUUCUGCCAGCCCUGCCAGGCCAGCCUCUCGGCCUGAGUGUCACCAGGAUGGAUUAUGUGCCCUCUGUGCACAGCCAUGGCAGAGAGACUCUUGCAGCACUGCCCCUGGGCUCUGAGAGAGGCAGCGGGUUCACCAGGGAGGUGCCAAGCUCCCUGGGCACAGUGGACUUGCCCAUGCUGGGCCACCAAGGGCUGCAGGCACCUGGAGUGACCCACAGCAGCUUCCUGGGAUGCCAAAGAGUUGGCAGAACGGAGCCAUCAGGGUUCACUACCAACUACAGCCAGAACAUCACCUUUGGUCCAACCUUGUCCCCCACAGCAUCAGCUCACUGGUGUCAGGAUUCAUCCUGGACAGCGAGACCCAUGGGAGGCAUCCAGCCCCAACGUCCCAGUGGCUUCAGCACCAACAACCACACCACUGGGCUUGGGGACACUGUUGGCCACCUCCUGGCAUGA